CCUGCUUGGGAUUGGACCAUUGCUUUUUUGUCAAACCGAAACUGUCUAACAGAAGAGGAAAAGACAACAGAAACGUUUUAAAUGUCGUUGGGUUUCCAAAGUAGAUGUUGGAGUGAAGCUGUGGGGAUUUCUGAUCAUUGAGGAAGCUCCAGUUCAUCCCAAAGUUUCAUGCAGAUUCGUGGAAUGCUGGUUUCGAUGAUAACGCUGCAAACCUGUUGAACGAGUAAAACUCAAAAAUUAUUGCAUCAUUGCUAUCUACAGUAUAUGAUGUAACUGAACAAUGGAAUGCAAACAAACUGGAAUAUCUGUUUAUCUUUCAUUGUCAUCAGCAGACAAAUGGGUGUCUUAUUUUGUAUUUUCUCAAAUUAUUCUCAAAUUCUGCAUUUGUUAAUCACUUUGGAUAAAAGCUCCAGAAUGAAUGUAAAUGUUAUCUAAACUAAAAGUUCUAUGUGAAACCACCAAGAACUUUUAUUUACAGAUUUUCUAUGAUUUUUUUACUUGUUGGCUUUCGAGCGUGGUAAGGGAUUUUUUUUUCCCUUAAACGUUUAAUAGUGUUGCAUAAUAAAAAAGAAGAACAAAAUCUUCCGGGGAGAAAGUAGGGAAUGUAAGGCAUGUUUUUUUUUUUUUUUCAUUUCUUUAUUUAUACUUCACUGCAGUUUUCAGGAGGAAGUUAUCAUUACAUUAAGACUGUAUGACUAAAAUCAUAUGACUUUAUGGAUUAAUGUCACAGGAUUUAACUGAAAAUGCAGCAUGAGCCUCUCUAUAUAUAGGGUGAGCCAUCAAGUGGACUCUAAACUUUGGUGGUUACUUUUGAGAGAAGGUGCACGAAACAAGACGAUGAAGCCUGAUGACAUUAGAUGACAGAACAUUUGAUCAGUUGAGCGGUUCGAUGUACAGUAACAUUCACUUUGACCAGAGAGCAUCAUCGGAAUCAUCAGCAGAAUCAUCAGCUGCAUCAUCAUCAUGAUGUUUAAUGGGGUUAACUCCAUGAUGAUGCUUCCAUGGAGCAAUCAUGUGGAAGGAACACCUGAGACAAAGUUCAUGACAGAAUCUCCAGCUCCCAGCUGCGUGUCCAUGAAGAGUGACCACUCCAUAGAGCAGCCUCCAAGCCUGGAUAAAGAUGGCGCCGUUCCUGAGAGCGGAUCCACUUCUGAAAAUGCCAGACCUCCGGCACCCAGCUGCGUGUCCAUGAAGAGUGACUGGUCCAUAGAGAAGCCUCCAAGCCUGCAUAUGGAACACUCUGUCCCUCAAAGCGGAUUUAAUGCAGAAAGUGCCAUAUCUCCUCAAACUGCCCGCUCUAUUGAGAGGCCUGUAAGCCUGAGUGGGGAAGAUGUAGAUCCUGAAGGCGGACAAAAACUUCAAGCAGAAGCUCUGCAGGAACCCACACUGAUGCAGAUAACCACAGACUUCCUGCUACAUUCUUCCCAACCGGUGAACGACCUUCUAUCCAGAGUCGUAAAGAGUCACAAAACCAGCAUGCGCAACAGGAACCAGAGUUUAUUCGAAGGAAUCAAAAUGCCCAGAUAUAAAACCCCUCUGAACUCUAUAUACACCCAGCUCUACAUCAUAGAGGGAGAGAGUGAAGGAGUAAAUAAUGAACACGAAGUUUUACAGAUAGAGAAAAGGUCCAGAAAACAGCACUUCCAUGACACGCCAAUCAACUGCUUAGACAUAUUUAACCACAUUCAGGACCUCAGCGGAGGAAAUGUUACGGAUAGAAGCGGCGCAGGAAUACAGAAGCUCAGAACUGUGUUAACUAAAGGAAUUGCUGGAAUUGGGAAAACCGUGUCAGUUCAAAAAUUCAUCCUGGACUGGGCAGAAGAAAAAGCAAACCCAGACAUCGAUUUCAUGUUUGUGCUUCCUUUCCGAGAGUUGAAUUUGAUUAAAGACGAAUGCUACAGUCUUCACAAACUCUUGUGCGACUUCCAUCCCGAGCUAAAGGUCUUGGACACGCACUUGUACGAGGUGUGUAAAAUCGUCUUCGUAUUCGACGGCCUGGACGAAAGCAGGCUCCCGCUGGACUUCUUAAACCAUACGAAAGUAUCUGAUGUCACAAUGACAUCAUCAGUGAGCACCCUGAUAUCAAACCUCAUUAAAGGUGACCUGCUUCCCUCUGCUCUCAUCUGGAUAACCUCCAGACCUGCGGCGGUCAGUCAGAUCCCUCGAACGUGCAUCGAUCGCGUGACGGAAAUACAGGGGUUUAGUGACACACAAAGGGAGGAGUAUUUCAGGAAGAAAAUCGCCGAGCGCGAAAACGCAGAGAAUAUAAUUUCACACAUUAAAAAGACCAGGAGUCUUUAUAUCAUGUGCCACAUCCCAGUGUUUUGUUGGAUAUUAGCCACAGUGCUACAGCAAAUUAUGAAAGAAAAUAAUCACACAGAAGUUCCUAAAACGCUCUCUGAGAUAUACGUGCACUUCCUGCUCAUUCAGAUGAACAUGAAGAACGAAAAGUAUGAAGAAAAGGAUGAAAGAGAUCCAAAGAAACUUCUGGAAACAAACAGAGCCAUAAUUUUAAAACUAGCACACUUGGCUUUUGAGCAGCUGAUGAAGGGCAACGUGAUGUUUUAUGAAGAAGACCUGACGGAGUGUGGGAUCGAUCUUACUGAGGCCUUGAUACACUCCGGGAUUUGCACUGAGAUCUUCAAAGAGGAAUCUGUGCUGUUCCAGAAGAAGGUCUUCUGCUUCGUGCAUCUGAGCUUUCAGGAGUUUUUCGCUGCUCUCUACGUGUUUUACUGCUAUCUGUCCAAGAGCAUGGAGUCAUUGCGUCAUUUCAUGGCGCCAUACCAAGAAAGAUCUGUUGACGUUCCUUUGGACGACUUGUUGCAGGUAGCAGUCGAUAAAGCCUUACACACUGACAACGGACAUUUAGACCUUUUCCUCCGUUUCCUGCUUGGCAUCUCGCUGGAGAGCAAUCAGAGACUUCUACGAGGCCUACUGACCCACACUCACAGCAGCUCGGAGAACAUCCAGAGUAUAACCAAGUACAUCAAAUGGCAGAUUCAAACCGAGGACCUUCCAAGUGACAGAUCAAUCAACUUGUUCCUGUGUCUCACUGAAAUGAAAGAUCAGUCUCUCUCUGAAGAGAUUCAGGAGUUUCUAAAGACGGAGAAGUGGUCAGAGAAGAAGCUCUCGGCCGCACACUGCACGGCAAUCGCAUACAUGUUGCAGGUCUCAGACCACGUCCUGGAGGAGCUGGACGUGAAGAAAUACAACGUGUCAGAGGAGGGAUGUAGGAGGCUGAUUUCUGCUGUGAGCAACUGCAGAAAGGCUCGACUAGCAGGCUGUUAUCUCACCUCGAGUUCCUGUGAAACCUUCACUUCAGCUCUGCAGUUAGAAAAGUCCCCCCUGAGAGAACUGGACCUCAGUAACAACAACCUGCAGGACUCAGGAGUGAAGCUGCUCGCUGAUGGACUGAAGAGCUCUCACUGUAAACUGGAGAUACUGCGACUAGCUAUUUGUAAUCUUGGAGAAAAGGCUUGUGAACAUCUGGCAUCAGCUGUCAUGCAGCCGCACUCGGCUCUGAGAGAACUGGACCUCAGUAACAACGACCUGCAGGACUCAGGAGUGAAGAUGCUCGCUGACGGACUGAAGAGCUCUCACUGUGCUCUGGAGAUACUGCGACUGUCUGGAUGUUUAAUCUCGAGUGAAGGCUGCGCUUCUCUGGCUUCAGCCCUGAGUUCGAACCUGUCACUGCUGAGAGAGCUGGACCUGAGCUACAACCAUCCAGGAGACUCGGGAGUGAAGAUGCUGUCUGCAAGACUGAAAGAUCCAGACUGCAGCCUGCAGACUCUCAGGUUGGAGCAUGCAGGCGAGAUUUGGCUCACACCUGGUCUAAGAAAAUAUGCCUGCGAGCUCACGCUGGACCCAAACACGGCACACACUCGUCUCGCUCUAUCUGAGGGGAACAGAAAGGUGACCCAUGUUAAAGACAACCAGCCGUACCCCGACCAUCCCGAGCGGUUUGAAGACUUUAAGCAGGUGAUGUGUCAACAGAGUCUGUGUGGACGCUGUUACUGGGAGGCGCAGUGGUCUGGCGGGGAAGCUGUGAUCUCCAUGAGUUAUAAAGGAAUAUGCCGGAAAGGACGCAGCGGCAAAUGCGUGUUCGGAACCACCAAGAAAUCCUGGAAGCUGGAUUGCUCGAGCAACAGCUACACCGCCUGGCACAACAAGACGAGGUCGGACAUCCCGACACCGCCGUACUGCUCUAACAGGGUAGGAGUGUAUCUGGACUCACUGGAGGGUUCUCUGUCUUUCUACAGCAUCUGUCCUGACACACACAUACUCACACACCUACACACUUACCACACCACGUUCUCAGAGCCGCUUUACGCAGGGUUUUGGGUCGAUUGUGACUCGUCUGUGAGUUUGGGUUGAGAUCAUGUUGAUCUACCCUGCGAAGUUAAAAAAAUAUUUAUUUUUAUUUAUUCUUUAUAGCACUUUUACAUAGCUCUGUUCUGAUUGGUCAAAUGGAGUUUGGUUCCAGUUACAUGCUUAUGUUAAUGCAUUUGUUAUAAUACGUUAUCUUUUAUAAAAGUAAAAGGGAUUUGUUCUUGAUGCUCGGUAUCAUUUAUUGUUCACGUCUUUUGCACAUUGUUUCAUUUCGAUGGAAAGAGAUUCCAGUGUCAUAGCUGCUGCUCAUAUUUACUCGGGGUUAACAAUGAAUCCUGGCUCUUCAUAAUCAGACGUUUCUGUUUACUCUACAUUCCUAAACAUACUUAUUUACAUAUUUGCACCAUAAACAACUCUAAAUGGAUAAAUCCAGCAUGCGACAACUUUUAAUAAAUUUGGUUUGUCUCGCACUUUCACAUCAGUGAGGAAAAAAGUUCAGGUAUUUCCUCCUGCACCCUAGAAGGUAUUAUCAUUCACAGCUUUCUGUCUUUUUUAAUUUUUUUUGCAGUUUAAAGUUUGUCGUGUAGUCGACCAGCCGUUCAGUUAUACAAAAAAAUUCCGUUAAUGUUUCAGCGUGACGGAUUUCUCCCUCGCUACAGCACACGUUUCCGUGAGGUUCGUUGUUUUAUCUCCCGACUCUCUCUACCGAGCCGAUUUUGUUAUGCGGCUCUACGUCCUGGUUUUCUCCUGAUAUCAGGUUUUCACACGCUGAUCAGUUUCUGAUUGGGUGUCUGUUACUUAGCAACCAGCUAAAAGUAACGUUCUACCAGCGUAUGGUUUCACACUGUACACGUCUGACACCACAGUGUGGAGUUAACACUGUAAAAGCUUUAGAGCAGAGUUUCAUAACCCUGGAUCUACAUUACAUGUGUGAAACCUUCCUUGACCUGGGAUUAAGAGCAGGGUUUAGAAUGUUCUUAUUUUUGUUAAGUGCAAUGUGAAAAAAGUUUUUUUUUUUUUAAUCUCCAUCAGCAGUAAUUCUCCACUGCUCUUUCAAGCACAUUUUUUCUGCUGCUUUUCAGGAGAACUUUUCCCCUUUUUGUUGAUAAGUUUGAUGUGUUAUAUAAAAUAUGUAUUAUGUAUGUGUUAUUCUUUUUGUUUACUUUUGCUUUUGGUGUCUGAGUUUUUUAGUAUUUAGAUGAAAAUGAAAUAGUAUUUAGUUUUUUUAGUAUUUUUAGGGAGGUGGACCUUCCUCAGGCUUUCACACGUGUGACGAGUGUCUGUUCAUUUGCCGUUUACUGAGUGAAACAUCUAAACACUUUUACUGUGUCUGUUACAUGUAUUGAUGAUUAUGAUGAUGCUGUCAUGAUCUACACGAAUGUAAUUAGGUCACUUUUCAACUAUUUUUGUUUAUUGUCUGUUUUUCAUUUAUUAUUGGCUACUUGUAAUGUAAAGGAGUCUGGCAUUAAAUGGCAUUAAAUAAAUUAUUUUAUUUAUA